UAAAAUUAAAACAAUAAUUUAUUCAAAUAAGUCCGGACAAAAUGUAUCCAAAAAAUAACGAUGUUAAAACUGCAUAUGUUUGCCUCACAGGUGAUUUGAAACCAGAAAGCAAAUCUGGUAAAAACAUGGCCAAGAACGAUUGUGGUUGUCGGCACAACUGUGGUUUGAAAAGUCCAAGCACAUCAAAAUCGAAACCGAAACGCAUGUCUGAUAGAGACCCUAACGUUUGUGGAUCACCUGCAUCCUUUUCAUCAUGUUCUACAUGCUGUAAGCGAUCUGCUGCAUCCUCGGGUGAAAGAUGCCUCUCUACUAUCUUGAAACUAGACAAAGAACAUAACAUGUUCGGAAUGUCAAACAUAGCGAUUACAGGAUCGAAAGCUUCCAGAAAAAUCCUCAAAAAGAACGAGAAACCGGCGUUUCCCCAAAAAACCAUUGUACAAGUUUGCUGCAGUAGAAAAUGUUCUAUGAGCAAAACUGAUCUGCCGAUGUCUUUAAAGUGCGGUGGUUGUCGCAGUUGCUGCUAUGAACCCGUCUGCUCUGUUUGCUGUAGCGUUCCAACUAUACCUUGUAAGGUGCCAUGCGCUCCAAAAUGUUUGCCAGAUCCGAUGAAUACAGGAGGAUAUUAUCACGGAAUGAAGAUAUCAUUUAAGCGAAAGCAAGAAUUCAAACCUUCUGUUAUUGAACUUACACCACGCUCGAGUUGCGUUUUAACGAAGCCGCUUGCAGCUCGCUCAUGCCACCACGUACCCCAAUGUAUCCCUCCAUCGUCAUGUUUCCCCUACCUCAUGCCGUGCUACUGGCCAGCCCGUCCGGGGGCGCCAUGCUCACAGCCUGAAAGAUGCUUCCAUAACCCACCGUGCCCGAAGAAAAGGGUGAAAGUACGGACGAAAUCGGUCGCUGAACUGUGCCCCAAGGAGGGAUGCUCUGCAGAGAAGAAAAAUAAAUGCCCCAUCGCAGUUUGCCCUGGGAAUAUUCCGUCCGUGAGAGAUGAGAUUCAGAGCAGAUUUGGAUGAGGAAUUGAGGAUGUUUAACAAUUAUCUGUUUUCAACCGAGGUGGUGAUAACUAUUUCAGACCAUUUUCGUGAAUCCUGCCAUAUUGAUCUGACCGUAUGCAACAAAUAAAUAAGACUUUCAAUAAUAUCUUUCACCGAAAGUGCCGUAAGAUACUGAAGAAGUCCGUUCUCUUCUGGAAAAAGAACACCGUCUUGUGCGAAUGCCACCUGCCUACGUGUAAAAGAUGUUUCGUGAAAAUGCCGAAGAGAAAACACAAAAUAAAGCAAUUUUCUUUCCAGGUAAAUUCGGCUCACAAUUUAAAAUUAUUAUCUGAUU